AUGUCAGCAGAAAGAUGUCCUAAUAUGGGUUGGACAUGCGUGGUGGCACGCGUCUUGGUCUUCGUCCUUAUGCUCAGCGGUGCAUCCACUGUGUCUGCACUCACGUCCGACAUUUUCGCAGCGGGAAAGUCGGACAAAGAGAUAUUGGACAAUCUUCUGAAAAACUCCCGCUAUGACAAAAGGCUGCUUCCUCCAGUUGACGAUCCAGACUUUUGUUGUGGCUUAACCUCGCCCAACGACAGCCUGACCACUGAUAAGGUCGGGCUGUCAUCGCUCCGGCCGCGCUCGCACAAUCGCGGUGUUCUCACCGUAAACGUCAGCGUGUUGCUGCUUAGUUUAGCAUCGCCAGAUGAAUCUAGUCUUAAAUACGAAGUGGAGUUUCUCUUACAACAACAGUGGUAUGAUCCCCGAUUACGCUAUUCCAAUCAGUCCCACUACGACUUCCUAAACGCCAUACACCACCACGAGGACAUCUGGCUGCCUGAUACAUACUUUAUAAUGCACGGCGACUUUAAGGAUCCAAUAAUACCAAUGCACUUUGCAUUGCGCAUUUAUCGCAAUGGCACCAUCAACUAUUUAAUGCGACGACAUCUUAUCUUGUCCUGUCAGGGGCGGCUCAACAUAUUCCCAUUUGACGACCCAUUGUGUUCAUUUGCUUUAGAAAGUAUAUCGUACGAGCAGUCCGCCAUUACUUACGUAUGGAAGAAUGACGAAGAUACCCUUCGAAAAUCUCCAUCUUUAACAACUCUUAACGCAUACCUCAUCCAGAACCAAACCAUACCCUGUCCUAUAAAGGCGAGCUGGAGAGCUGACGGUAUUUCACUUUACGAGGACGAUGAAGAGCUGACAUGUAAUCUUUGCCAGAGACGCUUUGAGGAGCAAGGUAACUACAGCUGUCUAAAGGUGGAUUUAAUUUUUACACGAGACCGAGCGUUCUACUUUACCACAGUAUUUAUUCCUGGAAUUAUUCUGGUGACUUCCUCAUUCAUCACAUUCUGGCUGGAAUGGAAUGCUGUGCCAGCACGUUCCAUGAUAGGUAAUUACAGCUGUCUGAGAGUGGAUCUCAUCUUCACGCGAGAUAGAUCAUUUUACUUCACCACAGUUUUCAUUCCGGGGAUCAUUUUGGUGACGUCAUCCUUUAUUACUUUUUGGCUGGAAUGGAAUGCAGUGCCCGCUAGAGUAAUGAUAGGCGUCACAACAAUGUUGAACUUCUUUACAACCUCGAAUGGUUUUCGAUCAACGCUACCUGUUGUAUCAAACCUGACAGCAAUGAACGUGUGGGAUGGAGUUUGCAUGUGCUUCAUCUACGCUUCACUUCUGGAGUUCGUCUGCGUGAACUACGUUGGGAGGAAAAGACCUUUGCACAACGUAGUGUACCGACCAGGCGAAAAUCCUGUCACCCAGCGACUGCCCGCAGUUCUGAGCAGAAUUGGCAUUAUACUGGCCAGCCCUUUGGAGGCGAUGGCUUUCCUCCAUUGGGCAAAAUCCGAAACGCCCGAACCGGAACCUAGUGGUGCUCCGUUAUCACAGGGUGACAAAAAACGCGAAUCGACGGGUGCUGCUGAUUUAGUCUCGUGUGCAACAUGUACAGGAGCACCAGGCUCUUGCACCCAUACUGCCAACAACGGCGGCGUGACCGAGCCAUGUUUCGUCCAGGUCCGCAAAAAAGAGCCUCCACAUCCAAUCCGCGUGGCGAAGACGAUCGACGUUAUAGCUCGCAUCACCUUCCCCACAGCCUACGCGAAAGUAGAAUUACUAAGCAGUGGCAAUAUAUUGGUUUUCAGGGUGACGACCCAAAGACAGACUUUCGGGGUAUGGGAAUGCUGGGACUUGAAAACCUAUUGUAUUUUGCAACUGAAUAUCCUGAAAUAUCAAGUCAUGUUU